AUGGCUAAGCGACUCGCCCAAUCACUUCGUGUCUGGUCAGCGUUGGGGCGCAAGUCCCGCACUUCGUUCCAUGGCACCGGCCUGGAGCUUCCUCCCGAACCCAAGAUCGAAGAGGAGAAGAUCCCAGGCUUCAAACCCAGUGCCUAUUUCCCCGUUAAACCGGGACACAUUUUCAAUGAUCGCUAUGAGGCCUUGACCAAGCUUGGCUGGGGAGUGAGCUCCACCGUCUGGCUUGUUCGCGAUCUUCAGCAAUGGAAAUGGCUCCCGGAACGCUACCUGACAUUGAAAAUCGGCACUUGCGACUACGCUAAAGGCCAUGAAAGUCAUGAACUCAAUAUGGAACAAUGCAUCCGCGACUCCAACCCCAAACAUCCCGGCCACCCUCUUCUGAGAACAUUUGUCGACUCCUUCGAAGAGAAGAGCCCGAACGGGACACACAUCUGUCUGGCCUACGAGCCCUUGCGAGAGCCCUUGACACUUCUACAAGGGCGUUUCCAAAACGAUAGAUUUCCUCUUGACAUCCUCAAGGGAUACAUCAAAUAUAUAAAAGCGGCCAACAUUCUCGUAUCUAUCGAAGACUCUUCAGUCCUACACAGCUUUGCCCAAUCCCAACCAUCAAAACCCAUGUCCCAGAAGACAGUUGACGGCCAUACCAUUUACCUCUCCCACAACAACUUCGGCCGCCCCAAAUCCCUUAACUUUCUUCCAGUUCUUUCUGACUUUGGAUCCGCUCAAUUCCAACUCGACGGCGUCACAAAUACCUGGCCAAUUCAACCGGAUUGUUACCGCGCACCCGAGGUACUUCUCGGCGCGGGCUGGUCAUACAGCGCUGACAUAUGGAACCUAGGAGCAAUGAUAUGGGAACUGCUCGAAGACAAGAUCCUCUUCUCUAACGCCCGCGACUCAAACCUGAAAGGCACCCCAGCCGCUCAUCUCGCGCAGAUGAUAGCCUUUCUCGGCCCACCACCUCAGGAACUCAUAGCCCGGGAGAAAGAAGGACUCAACCGAACAUUCGGUAUAAAGCUAAGGAGUCCCAAUGGAAAGCUUUGCAACUCACCUGCAGAGUGGUUCGGUGGGCCGUUUUUUGAUAAGAACGGGGAAUUUCUACACAAGCAUCUCAUCCCAGAAAACCAGGCUCUCGAAGACACAGUGACCUACCUCCUCAAGGAUACAGAGAAAGACGAAUUCCUGGAUUUCGCUAGGAAAAUCUUGCAAUGGCUGCCUGAGAACCGGAAGACGGCCAAAGAGCUGGCUGAUGAUCCAUGGUUGAGUGAAAUCGUGGUUUCAGUCAAAGAGUAG